CCGGGAAUUACCGUAUCAACGCACCUUGGGCCCGUUGUGAACGCUGCGUACCGUGCUGCACUGUCAGGAAAAAGUCGAUAGCAACUGACGUCAUCCAUGGCCGGCUGAUGUCAAAAGAAACCAGUGUACUUGGCUGUAGGUGGUCUAUGUAUGAAACAUCCAGCGAAAUGAUACACUUUUCUUGACUCAGGUGGCAGAGAACACUAACAUCUGUACCCGCUGAGCCUAGUCCCUCCCCCUGUUAGAGCAUAGAGCAGUUUCAACUCUUGGCGUAAUGUCAGAUCGUCUGGUCGGAAACAUGACCGCUGUCACAGGUCCUUCAGCCGAACUGGACUGCGGACAUGAUCAUUCAAUGAACUUGUUGGGGGAAAUGCUGCAUGAAAACAUGGAUGAGCAGCUGCUGGCAGCUAUCUCAGGACAAAAUAAACUCAAUAUUUAUGAGCUCAUUCGAAAACUUCAACUUCGCAACAAGGAGUCGGACACAGUAAGAGCUCGUCAACAGUUGAACGGAUCUGACGUCAGCGAGGCCAACACUGGAUUCACUGCUAAAAGAGAUUGCCCAAAAACUCUACCCGAUGUCUAUAUAUCUCAAGAAGCUCUUCAGCGCUUGUCCACUCAAGAGGAGCUACUCCCUAACCCACAAGCCAGUUCAACUUGUGUGGAUCCUGAAAGUUUUCGACCAGCGGUUAAAAAACGAACCAUCAAAGCCAAUGAAAAAUUAGACAAUAGCUCCACAAAACGCGUUACUUCUGCUGGGGAUGUUCAAGGCCAGGAAAAACCCAAGAUUAACACCGAACCAUUUCUGGAGAUGAACGUUAGUCAAAUAGAAGAUUGUCUAAUGGAAGACACUAAAUCAUUCCUCCAUGGUAAUAGCGAAGAUUCUGGGUGUUUUUCUUGUGAUUCCAAACGGAAAUGCAAUCUCUCAGAGCAGCACGGAGUAGUCGAUGAUAACAAUGUAAAGCACAAAGUUGACACGUGUGGCGCGUGCAGACAAGAUAUGCCAGUCAAUCAAAACGGCUUGUGCAAAAAUUGCUGGAACAAAAUCAAAAUGGAACACAGGGAUGAACUCGGCGGUACUCUGGGUGAUUUUAAAGCUUACGCAAAGUGCAUCGCUCAUAGUGUUAGAAAAAUUUUAGAUUUAAAGCCAGCAAAGCCCGAAAGUGAGGAAGUAGCUAUGGAGGAAAAUACCAGCGAAACGGGGCAGAUAACCAAAGCCAACGUGUUACACCGUUAUCCUACCGACAUCUCGCCAGCGUCUGAGUAUAAAGUUGCACUCCCUGCACGCAGUCUAACACUCGAUGGAGUGUCUCCUUUUUCUCGCGAAGUCCAGAAGCUAUCAGCUCACUCCGCGGGCGAACAUUUCACCGGCGCAGCAGAAGCGGAACUCGCAGAGAGGAAGAAACUGCCGAGAACAAAAAGCGUAAAGAAAGCGGAAGUGAAUAGCGGCGAGACCGCCACGGUCAAGGUUGCACGACGUAAACUAAAACAUGGAACGGAAAGAUCGAAAACGGAAGUUGAUAUGAAGCAAUAUGAGGAACAUCAGAAACAAAAUAGAAAACCCAAUGAAAAUAAUCAGCCUCUUUCUCAAACUUCCGUUGAGGGAACACCAGUUGAUCCACCUUCAGAAAGAAACAUCAAAAGUCGCCUAAUGCCUUACAGCAGAAGUGUGACGUCACCACUGAAGACCACACGGUAUAAGAACGCCCAAAUCCAUGAUCUACACGACAGUAAAUCUGCGACCAAGUUAGCCAAGAGGUCAUCCAAUUUACGAAAAGGAAAGGUUAAUUUGUCAUUAGCAGACGUGAGAGCGGACGAGGUCAGUAAGGUCGAUACCAGACGUCGAGCCACGUCCUAUGACGUAGUAGCGAUGUCAAGCCCGCGAUAUAAUGAUUUGGAUAGUGGUGAAGAAAGACCAGUACGCAGACCGAAACAGGUUUCUACUUCCGUACCAGUGAAGCCUUUGCCUAAAGCAAGGACCAAACUCCCCGUCAAGCAGACAGUCUCAUCACCCACAUCAGAACAAAUCUACAGUGGCGUCACAUUCAGGCAAGCCUCCAAGCCUGCUGAAGCACCGAUCCCGGCUCCUCGAACCGAUAAAAAAAUGAUCCCAGUUUCAGAAAAGGAAGAUAUCUAUUGUAAGGGGGUUCAACAUUUACCCGUUGCUUUAGAGUGUCAGUUGAAGACAUUGCCAGUGGCGCCGACUGUAUUGAAAGAACCAGUCAUUAGUAAGAGUUCGUGCCAGUACUUCCAUCCCCUGGAAACUCUUUCCUCGGUUAGAGACCGCGCUCAUGAAAGUAAGCCUUCUACCCAAGUGAGGAGUAGCCAUUCAGAUGACGCUUUGCUCAGGACUCAAGCAGACGUGUACUAUACAAAGAAGGGAGUGAAUGGAGAAACGGAUGUCGAUACGGGACUUGUUCAUCAUUUCUCCAAGAGACAAGCCGCAAGAAGUCACGUGCUGCCGUACUACGAUUUCCCGUCUGGCCAAAAUAUUUACACUAUGAGUGGCGACGUCACAAUUUCUAGCAGCUCCAAUAGCGGCACCAGCUUGAAGAGUGAGGUCAGCGACGUCUACACUGGAGGCUUCCUCAAAGAAGAGCCAAUCUACGAACACGAAAGCAACGGGGAUAACAGCUCGGUCAGUUCCGUUGGUCCGAUUUACUUUGAACCAACUUACGACGCUCCAAAACACGAAGCAAGUGACCAAGACAUCUACACCGGAGCAGUGUUCAGCACCAACCGAAACGCCAACGGCAGCAUGAACAACUCCACUCGCCCUUUACUUAACAGGGUGUCUCGGUGCACCAGGGGAAAGCCCAGAAUAGAUCGAGUGUUAGACCGCAACAUGGAAAUCACUGGCGUCCUUCAGCACAAGAUCAGAGCACACGCCUAUCAGCAGGAAGAGCUCAACCGUUCCAAUAAUAGCAACCAAGCCCCCUACUAUGACUUCAAAGGAGAGGAAAUCCCACAGCCCACUCCAAAAAUCACUUUAAGUGAUAGCUCUUCAUACACAGGAUUCACGUUUCGUUAUCAAAAACAGCCAUCUCCCCAGCCCAAGAAAGAUUUUCAAAAGAAUAUUGACUUCUCCAAGUAUGAAAUACAAGAAACAGCCAACACGGGUUUCUUCUUCCAAUCUCCUAAGAAAAUCGAAUCCGAUGAAAUCUGGUAUAGAGGCCCAUACCUGGCAAAACACCCCCCACCUUCAACACUGGCACAGCAAGUAGAAUAUCCCACUGUCACCAAGCUCUCGCCGGCCCAGGAUGACGACGACUGCUAUACAAACAUCAUUUGUCCUAAAUUUAGAAACAGCAACAACAACGCUACAGACGAUGGUAGCAGUGACCUCAACAAUAACCACCUGUAUAGUGAUGACUACACCUCUGACCCUUCAGAUGCCAAAGCUGCCACAGGAAGUGGCUUUUACGAAGAGGCCUCUUCUAAAUUUGCACCCCAAAACAAUUUUUUUCUCAAGUCUGGAGUAAACGCCCCCCAAUCCCCACCUAACGUCUUCAGUGAUCGAAGUUAUUCUGAAUCCCCUUCUAAGAACUAUGUUUCCGGCUUGUACGGGCAGUCCGAUUCGGAUUACGCGCCUCCAUUUUCUUUCAAAAACUCUCAAACUCCACCAAAUAUGUCUUCCUACAAUAAAGCUCCUCAAUCCUUUCCUGAAAAUAUGUCAUCCUUCUACACCGCCAGCAGUGGAGACGCAUCUUAUAACAAAUAUGAAAAAUCUCAUCAUAGAAUGCCUUAUGGUCCAUCAGAUGAUUACUCUGACAUGCCUAAACAACUCUAUAACAAUGUACCCGCGGCAGCAUCUACAGAGAGGGACAGCUACUUCGACUACGCUGCCAGCCGCAAUCCAUCAGCUGGACUGUUUCUAGACAAAAAGCUGGACGACUUAUCUCUUCCGAGGAAAUCCCCACCAGCCUUGCCCGUAGUCAAUGAGAUCAAGAAAGUUGGUGGCAUCGUUUGCCGUGACAACGUAGUCAAUAAAGAAGAUUAUGCCGAAGAUGUCAACAGAGAUUUGAUGGAUGAGCCUGGAGCUUGGGUCUCGUUCAAGUACAGAGACGAGGAGCCAAGAUUUGUUAAAGAAUUGGCUGGUGGCAGAGGGACUAAAGUCAACACUACCAAGGAGACAGUUGGGAAACUAGCGAAAGCCGUUGAAGAAAGCUCCUACGCUCACAAUCAAAUGUACGACAGUGUGGGAGCUAGAAAUAAUUGGCGGGAGAUGAAUCAGGAUCAUUCAGCAAAAGUAAAAGAGGCGUCCCGCCACAAGACACCGACGAAGGUGGAGAAGAAAGAAAAAACUGUUUAUCGCCCAGCGGACCAGAUCCCAGAGAGAGCCAUGGGGAAACGUACUCAGCAUCCAAGCAAGCCUCCUGUCGCAACCACCACAUCGGCAACACCGCAGCCUAUUCCCCCAACAAUCUUGGACGGCAAUAACAAUACAAGCCAACCAGAAAGCACUCGCAAUCCAUCAUCUGCCAAGACCCCCAAACGUUCUAGAUCUAGUCAGAAAGUCAGCAAUAUUUCCAAAACUAACUCCAAGAAGGUGGUCAGUCCAGAAGAAACGAAACAAACCUCAACUUCUGUCCUUGUGGAUGAGAUGGUGUUUGUUUCACCAAAGAACGGGGAGAAACAAGCUGCUCAAUCUGUCCAGUUAGCCACUGACCAAGAAUCUGACACCGCUCAGCCAGAGACGAAAUCAAUGGACUGUGCAAUUAUGUAGCUCUGUUUUAUGAUGCUUUUGGAAAUCUAGUAGUAGCCUUCGGUGUCCCCCACUGCCCAUUCAAUGUAGUUGAUGUAUCAUUUAAAAUCGUAUUCAUAGUCAAAUUAAAAAUUAUUUCCCUUUGGCCUGCUUAUUUAAAACAAAAAUAAAAAAAAAACUGGAAUAAUGUCAUCUAGCUUAUUGUUCCUAGCAAUGUAUAGAGUUGAAGAAGUGACAUCUUUCUUUUUUUUUUAGUACCUAGUGUCCACAGUGUCUAUACUGGAAUUCAAAUAAAAGCAUAUUAAAGUU